AUGCUGUUCGCACAGAAGGGGGGAUUGGCGGCCGCCGAGAACACGGACGAAAACCAGCGCGUGAGUAGCCGCCUCGGCAAGCUGUGGCGUUCUCUCAGCACUACCGACAAGGAGCCGUACCAGCGCAAGGCGGUAGAAGCUGCCACUCUCCACCGAAAAAAGUACCCGGACGACGUGUACUAUGCGCGUGAGGCCCGCCGGCGCAAGCAGGAGGAGCACAGGGCCAAGGAUGUGACUGGCAAGUUCGAGAAGGACAGUUCCGGGGACCAGGAGCAACAGCCAAAUACUUCCACGGCCGCGGCCCAGGGUCGAGUCACCAUGGUGUUCCAGCAGCAAUAUCAUCCACCGUCGACGCAAAGGAACAAAUGCCGUGCAACCAAUCAGCGCGUGAGCAGCAAGCAGUCGCUUUCUCUCAGCGCCACCAACAAGGAGCCGUAUCAGCGCAAGGCGGCCGAAGCUGCCGCCGUCCACCAAAGGAAGUACCCAGACUACGUCUACAAUUCGAGCGAGACCCGCCGGCACAAGGAGCAGGAGCGCAGGGCCAAGGUUGCCAGGGAGCUCGAGAACGAUAAUUCCAGGGACCAGGAGCAGCAGCCGAACACAUCCGAAGCUGCCGCCGUCCACCGAAGGAAGUACCCAGACUACGUGUACAAUUCAAGGGAGACCCGCCGCCACAAGGAGCAGGAGCGCAGGGCCAAGGUUGCCAGGGAGCUCGAGAACGAUAAUUCCAGGGACCAGGAGCAGCAGCCAAACACAUUGGAAGCUACCGCCGUCCACCGAAGGAAGUACCCAGACUACGUGCACAAUUCAAGGGAGACCCGCCGCUACAAGGAGCAGGAGCGCAGGGCCAAGGUUGCCAGGGAGCUCGAGAACGAUAAUUCCAGGGACCAGGAGCAGCAGCCGAGCACUUCCAAAGAUUCCGCCGUACACCGAAGGAAGUACCCAGACUACGUGUACAAUUCGAGUGAGACCCGCCGGCGCAAGUUGCAGGAGUACAGGGCCAAGGAGGUUGCCAGCAAGCUCGAGAACGGCAGUUCAGGGGUCCAGGAUCAGCAGCCGAUCACUUCCGAAGAUUCCACCGUACACCGAAGGAAGUACCCAGACUACGUGUACAAUUCGAGUCAGACCCGCCGGCGCAAGUUGCAGGAGUACAAGGCCAAGGAGGUUGCCAGCAAGCUCGAGAACGGCAGUUCAGGGGUCCAGGAGCAGCAGCCGAGCACUUCCGAAGAUUCCACCGUACACCGAAGGAAGUACCCAGACUACGUGUACAGUUCGAGUCAGACCCGCCGGCGCAAGUUGCAGGAGUACAAGGCCAAGGAGGUUGCCAGCAAGCUCGAGAACGGCAGUUCAGGGGUCCAGGAGCAGCAGCCGAGCACUUCCGAAUAUUUCGCCGUACACCGAAGGAAGUACCCAGACUACGUGUACAAUUCGAGUGAGACCCGCCGGCGCAAUUUGCAGGAGUACAGGGCCAAGGAGGUUGCCAGCAAGCUUGAGAACGACGGUUCCGGGGACCAGGAGCAGCAGCCGAGCACUUCCGAAGAUUCCGCCGUACACCGAAGGAAGUACCCAGACUGCGUGUACAAUUCGAGUGAGACCCGCCGGCACAAUUUGCAGGAGUACAGGGCCAAGAACGACGGUUCCGAGGACCAGGAGAAGCAGCCGAGCACUUCUGAAGAUUCCGCCGUACGCCGAAGGAAGUACCCAGACUACGUGUACAAUUCGAGUGAGACCCGCCGGCGCAAUUUGCAGGAGUACAGGGCCAAGAACGACGGUUCCGGGGACCAGGAGAAGCAGCCGAGCACUUCCGAAGAUUCCGCCGUACACCGAAGGAAAUACCCAGACUGCGUGUACAAUUCGAGUGAGACCCGCCGGCGCAAUUUGCAAGAGUACAGGGCCAAGAACGACGGUUCCGAGGACCAGGAGAAGCAGCCGAGCACUUCCGAAGAUUCCGCCGUGCACCGAAGGAAGUACCCAGACUACGUGUACAAUUCGAGUGAGACCCGCCAGCGCAAGUUCCAGGAGUACAAGGCCAAGGAGGUUGCCAGCAAGCUCGAGAACGGCAGUUCAGGGGUCCAGGAGCAGCAGCCGAGCACUUCCGAAGAUUUCGCCGUACACCGAAGGAAGUACCCAGACUACGUGUACAAUUCGAGUGAGACCCGCCGGCGCAAUUUGCAGAAGUACAGGGCCAAGGAGGUUGCCAGCAAGCUUGAGAACGACGGUUCCGGGGACCAGGAGCAGCAGCCGAGCGCUUCCGAAGAUUCCGCCGUACACCGAAGGAAGUACCCAGACUGCGUGUACAAUUCGAGUGAGACCCGCCGGCGCAAUUUGCAGGAGUACAGGGCCAAGAACGACGGUUCCGGGGACCAGGAGAAGCAGCCGAGCACUUCCGAAUAUUCCGCCGUACACCGAAGGAAAUACCCAGACUGCGUGUACAAUUCGAGUGAGACCCGCCGGCGCAAUUUGCAGGAGUACAGGGCCAAGAACGACGGUUCCGAGGACCAGGAGAAGCAGCCGAGCACUUCCGAAGAUUCCGCCGUACACCGAAGGAAGUACCCAGACUACGUGUACAAUUCGAGUGAGACCCGCCAGCGCAAGUUCCAGGAGUACAGGGCCAAGGAGGUUGCCAGCAAGCUCGAGAACGGCAGUUCAGGGGUCCAGGAGCAGCAGCCGAGCACUUCCGAAGAUUUCGCCGUACACCGAAGGAAGUACCCAGACUGCGUGUACAAUUCGAGUGAGACCCGCCGGCGCAAUUUGCAGGAGUACAGGGCCAAGAACGACGGUUCCGGGGACCAGGAGAAGCAGCCGAGCACUUCCGAAGAUUCCGCCGUACACCGAAGGAAAUACCCAGACUACGUGUACAAUUCGAGUGAAACCCGCCGGCGCAAGGAGCAAGAGCGCAGGGCCAAGGAGGUUGCCAGCGAGCUUGAGAAUGACAGGUCGAGGGACCAGGAGAAGCAGCCGAGCACUUCCGAAGCUGCCGCCGUGCACCGAAGGAAGUACCCAGACCACGUGUACAAUUCGAGGGAGACCCGCCGGCGCAAGUUGCAGGAGCACAGGGCCAAGAAGGUUGCCAGCAAGCUCGAGAACGAUGAUUCCGGGGAUCAGCAGCAGCAGCCGCGCACUUCCGAAGAUUCCGCCGUACACCGAAGGAAGUACCCAGACUACAUGUACAAAUCGAGUCAGACCCGCCAGCGCAAGGAGCAGGAGCACCGGGCCAAGGAGGUUGCCCGCAAGCUCGGAACGAUAGUUCCAGGAACCAGGAGCAGAAGCCGAGCACUUCCGAAGCUGCCGCCGUCAACCGAAGGAAGUUCCCAGACUACGUCUACAAUUCGAGUGAGAUCCGCCGGCGCAAGGAGCAGGAGCGCAGGGCCAAGGAGGUUGCCAGCAAACUCGAGAACGACAGUUCCGGGGAUCAGGAGCAGUAACCGAGAUCUUUCACCGCCACGGCCCAGGGUCGAGGCACUCAAGUGUUCCAGCUGUAUUAGAGUCCAUCGCCAUCACCUUAUCCGCAAAGGAACGAACGUCAUGCAACAAAAAGCACGUCAGCAGCCGACUGGGCAAGCUAUGGCGUACUUUCAGCGGUACCGACAAGCAGCCCUACCAGUGUAA